AUGAGCCAUCCCCUAUUUCUCCGUAUUCUAAAUGAGGUAGAUUAUUACGAGCCGUACUUCAUCCAGAUAAGAGAUAAUGCCAGAAGACUCGGUUUCUCUUCUAUGCAAAAGAUAACCGUAGCACUUAGAAUGCUGGCGUAUGGGGUUACUGGAGAUUUUAUGGAUGAAUACAUAUGUAUUGGUGAAAGCACCGCAAUGGAGAGCCUUAAAAAAUUCUCUGAGAUAAUAGUAAGUGGUUUUUCAUAUGAAUAUUUGCGAUCUCCAAAUGCCAAUGAUAUUGCUUGUUUGUUUGCGGUUGGUGAACAACGGGGAUUCCCAGGAAUGCUGGGAAGCAUUAACUACAUGUAUUGGAAGUGGAAAAAUUGUUCCGCAGCUUGGAAAUAUGAGCGUGAUGAUAGUGAGGGUCCGAACAUUGAGUAUGAUCAACUUGAUGAUGAAGUCCCCGAACUGUCGCGCAAUCAUACAACUAAGCUUAUGGAUUUCAUCCAACGUCAUCAACAGUAG